AUGGAGACUACUUCUCUAACUUCCUCCAUGCAACCCUUCCCCUCUCCCUCCAUCCACCCACUCGAGCACAUAUCGUCAGACGACAACUACCUCAAGAUGGAAGACCUCCGCACAUCCGCCUCUCCCGAUCCCUCUGCCUACGACAACGACACCGUCGUAACAGAAUCGUCACCCGCGCCCGUCGUCGUGCAGUCCAAGCCGGCGAAGAAGCGGAAAUCAUGGGGCCAGGAACUGCCUGAGCCCAAGACCAGCCUGCCACCUCGCAAGCGUGCGAAGACCGACGACGAGAAGGAGCAGCGACGCAUCGAGCGCAUCAAGCGGAAUCGUGCCGCUGCACACAACUCGCGCGAGCGCAAGCGACAGGAGGCCGAGAAUCUCGCUGUCCUGCUCGCAAAGGCCAACGCGGAGCUGGACGCAUACAAGAAGCUGCACGGCCCUCUGCCAGCCCACAUCGUCUUGCCUGAGGUGAAGCUCAGCUCGGAUAAGUAUGUCCUCGAGAUAUCACACGCAUGCCCGGCUAUGUGCUUACAUCUGCAUAGCUUGAUCGAGUCUGCUACCUCCGUCACAGCCACCGUCGCAACUCCAGCACCCUCGCUCGUCGAAUCACAUGGCUCGGUCCAGGACAUCCCAUCAAGUCCGGCAUCACCAGCCGACAUCUUCCACGACCACGGCAGCCCACAAAUCAAGCAAGAGCCUUUCGAGGCCCCCAUCUUCUCCCACGCCCUCCCUCCACCCGUCUUCGAGAACCUGGACGCCAAGUCGUCUGCCCUCUCGCCGCUCGACCCGACACAACAUUCUGCAGCAAUGUUGUGCGACCUGCAGUGUCGGUCCAGCAGCGGGAGCCGCAGUUCGACUUUGCCAACUUCGGCCUGGUGGACCAAUUUCUUCCUCUACCUCAUGACUCUCCAGCUUCAGACAUGCUAUCGGACCCUUCUGGUGGCCAUCUGGGCUCUUUCGCCUUCGCGGAUGGCGCGUUUGAUGCAAGCCUCAGCAAUCCGCUCGACUUCUCGUUCGACGAGUUCAUCGAUGACUCUGCGAAUCUCCCGGUCGACGCCCGGGCGUCUGGCGCGGCGUAAUGCUGCGACGGCCCACGGCGCACCUCGAGCACACGCACUGUCACUCGAUCGGACUCCGAGAGCGACGAGGGUAGAGCAGAUGGCUGCGAGGCAAUCACGGGCGCACCAGACACGGAUGGCGUUUUCGGAGCAACGGGAUACCACUACGGGGAGGGACGAUCAACGGGUUGGGAAUGGCAAGGGAGACGGAAAUCUCGGCGUUGGGCGUGAACGGUCCCUGGACCUGGGUGAUCUGGAUUAG